AUGGCCGCCGCCGCCUGGCUAGCUGCGCGGGCAGCGGAGUUUCCCAAACGGGAUCACAUCACCGACAAGAUCGUCAACCCAUACAUCUAUGACCCCUCGUGCGCCCUGGCCAUUGUCGGCGUUGUCGUCGUCACGCUCCUCUCCGCAUACUCCUUCUCACAAUAUCUGCGCAACCGCUCGUGGUUUCUCUGGGCCGCCAUGAUCGCCAUCCUGAUGCUGGACCUCGGGUUUGUGUGUCGCCUCGUGUCGGCGUACAACGAAGGCCAAGAUGGGCCCUUCCUGGUCUCCUGGCUGAUGAUCUUACUCGCACCCAGCUUCCUGGCUGCCGCCUGCUACAUGUCGCUGAGCAGGGUCAUCUGGUUCAGCUGUCCGGCCGAGGCCCUCAACUUCAAAACCCUGUGGUGCUGGCCCGAAUGGAUCACGCCCACCUUUGUCGCCUUUGACCUGUUUUCCUUUGUCAUCCAGCUCAUUGGCGCCGCCCAGAUCAGCAGGCACUAUGACCAUUCGCCCGCCGGUGACCGCACCAUCAGCAUCUCCGAGCGAAAAGCCCUGCCGGGACGUAUCAUACUCGUCCUGGGCCUGGUCCUGCAGAUGACAUGCUUCAUCAGCUUUUCCGUCGUCUCGAUCCGCUACUUUUACGUGUCGAGGCAUUGGUCGGCACAGGACCUGGGCGACAUGCAUCUCUGGCGCAAGCUCUCGUACACCAUCAACUUGUCUUCUGUCCUCAUUGCCCUGCGCGCCAUCUACCGCACCAUGGAGAUACCGCACGACCGCGAGUACGGGCUGCAGUACUUGCAGAGACAUGAAUGGUGCUUCUGGGUCUUUGACGCUGUGCCCAUCUUGUGCGUUUUGCUCAUCUUCAUUCUGUGGCACCCGGGCGCCUAUCUUCCACGCUCGUACACGGGAUUGCGGCUGAACAAGCUUCAGGCGCUCAAGGAAAAGGAUGAGAUUAGUUCCAUAGCCAGUGAGAGUAGGGCUGGCGGGUACGAGGCCGAGUUGAAUGAAUUUAGGCCAGAGGACUUCCACGAUGUGAAGGCUACGAGCAAAGUAUAG